AUGGGCCGUCCAAGGAAAAACGUUAGCCAGGAGAAGAUAAAGCAGCUGAAAAGGGAACUGGAGCUGGCUGGUAACAGAACGGACGUCUUACUGCAGGACAAGAAGGGCCGUUCCAGGUCUUGUCUUCUUUGCAGAAGAAGAAAGCAACGUUGCGACCAUAAACUACCUAGCUGUACCGCUUGCCUGAAAGCAGGCAUUAAGUGCGUGCAGCCUUCCAAGUAUUCUUCAAUUGCAAAUAAUAACAACAAUAGCAACACCCCUACAGCUGGCACUGUAUCCCAUUCACCCUAUCCUAUUAUCAAACAUGAGCUGCAAGACAGCAGUAUUGGCGCUGGCGCUGGCGCUGCCACAUCUCUUAAUGACAUGACCAUAAUAAAACCCAUUUCCGCUAGCGAUAACACUGUUGAUGCUGCCGACGCAAAUGAAUUCAAAAACCCUCUCAAAUCCGCUACGAGGACUCCCAACACGAAGUUCAUGGGGCAAGAUAAAGAUCAGUAUACUAGUUUUUUAGAGAGAAAAGUAAAACGUUUGGAAACUCUAUUGGAUUUGCCAGUGGGAUGCAAUCAGUAUAACUACGAAUUAUCGCAAUACAAGAAGAUAUCUCAGUUGUUCGGUAACAAUGCUUCCGAUUACUCCAGACCAAAUAAUAAUAUGGUUAUACUGCCGCUGCCCUCUCCUUCGAAUAAGUCAAUGGAGAACACAAAGAGCAACGGGAGCAACGUGAAUUCGGCGACGAAAGACACAGCGGCCAAUACAAACAACAUAAACAACAAUCAUGCCAUCUGCCAAUCGGCAAGCCUUUUGAAUGACCCUUUGGAGUCUUUAGAUUUCACUAAAUGCAUCUUCGCCAAAUAUAAUUUGAAGAAGGAGUUUUUGAUGUAUGACCCCAUUUUUGAACUAAAUGAAAAACUGUCCCGUUCCUUUUUGGACACUUUCUUCACCAGAUUACAAUUUAAAUAUCCAAUUUUGGACGAACAGGAAAUCUAUACUUUUUAUGAUCACUACCUCCACAAUAAGAUUCUCAUCCCGCCAUCUUCACCCUCCACAUCUUCCACAGCGAUACCGUCGAAUUCCCAUUCCUACUCUGAAAUAGAAUUCCAUUUCCUCUCUGGUAGAAUGUGGCUCGUCUUCAGCAUUAGCGCCUACUUGCUGAUGACUACGGGUAAGUACAAGGGUUUUCCACCCCACCGAUAUUUCUCUACUGCUAUUCGCCACAUCACUAAGUGUGGUUUGCAUCUGAAUUACGUUCAGCAAAUAGAACUCUUGACUUUGCUGGUUCUCUACAUCAUUAGGACAGAUAGAGAUUCUCUGAUACUGUACGACAUCAUCAAAGAUGUCAUGGGCAUAUCCAAGAAGAAACUUCACUUGAACCAAUGGUAUCCCAACGAUCCAUUUGCAAAUAAGAAACUGCGACUGUUUUGGUGCGUAUACCUUCUAGAAAGAAUGAUCUGUGUUGCCGUGGGGAAGCCGUACACCAUCAAGGAAUCAGAGAUAAAUCUACCGCUUUUCAAUAAUGACUCCUUUUAUACAAAAGGCGUGCAUACAUCAACACCAUCAACCAAUGACCACGGUGUGCAAUUCAUCAAUCAAUCUUUGAAACUGCGAAGAAUUGAAUCACAAUUUGUAGAGACCUUGCAGUUAUUGAAAAACGACUCUAAAUCGGUAAAGCAAUCCAUUGAUCAAUUACCGCUAGUACGAAUUUUUUUUGAAGAUUUGGAAGUUUGGAGGAAGAGUUAUUCUACUCUUGAUGUGAAAAAUUUUGAGAACGAAACUCUUAAACUUUAUUACUAUAGAUCAGUUCGAUUGUUGAUCCAACCGUAUUUGGAAUUUUUCGCCCCAGAGGACAGACUGUUCAGGGAAUGUCAAGCUGCCGCAGGUCAGAUUUGUCAACUAUACAAGAUAUUCCAUCAAAAGACUCUUAAUGGUCAUUCUACCCCAGCGGUACAUACAGUUUUUGUAGCUGGUGUAACUUUGAUUUACUGUAUGUGGUUGGCUAGAAAUUUUGAUGAUCAAAGGAGGAGAAAAUUGGGCGACGCUUCGAAGCAUACUAGACCCUUAAUAAGUGCAAGUCUAUUCUCAACAAUGGACGAUUUGAGAGCUUGCUCUGUUUGCUUAUAUGUUAUGACAGAAAGAUCAAAUUUUGCAAGAACUUUUAGAGACACUUUCGACCAACUGAUGAAUGCUACGGUAGGUAAUUUAAUCGAAAGAUGUGGUCCGGAUUCUUCUGAAUUAAUUUUCAUGGCCAGUAGUGGUACCAAAUCCACUGAAGCAAAGAGCAUCAAUGGCACAAAUAAAACUAUUACUUCGACAGAUCCUCUCCAUGAUUCCACUUCCGCAACCGCAGCGAGUCGACCCAACUCGAGCGACAAAAUGAUCAAUCAUAACGGUGGUAUGCCACCUGCUGUGGCCAGAAUAUUUGGUAAGGGACAAGCUGAGGAACAUGCUGGGUUUGUGGAGAAUUCACAAGUGGAUUUGGCUGAACAAGAAAAAUUCAAGAAGAAGCAAGGUGUUUUAGAAAAGACUUCCGUGCCGAAAAGUUUAGCUCAUUUAUUGACCAAAAUGGAUGAUAGAUCGCCCUUCCCCAAUUCAUCAAUGUCUUAUAUAACAUCAUCAUCGUCAUCAUCAUCCUCUUCAUCGACGUCGUCGUCAUCAUCAUUAUCGUUUCCUUCUUCACAAGAAAAGAACUUGAAAAUGAAUGUAAACAAUAAUAACAAUAAUGAUAAUAGUAGUAAUAAUAACCGCUGUAUUAAUAGCAACGACAACCAAUAUGCUCACAGCAACGUGACAAUGGAAGCUGAUACUGAAAGCUCUAUUCAAGACCAAUAUAUUGUCAAGAAACCAACCACCCAAACAGAGUUUGAUUGGCAAGUAUUUCAACAGCAAGCCUUUCUUCAACAGCAACUGGCUCAACACAAUCUACAAGCGUAUUUGUCGUCCCUAAACCCUGAUACCAUGUCCAAUCGGAGCCCCUCCAAAUCUUCUAGUAUAUCUACCGCAUCUUCUCAUUCAGACCCGAUUCCAAUAACGAUGACUCAAAAUACAACUCCAUAUCCUCAAAGUUCUAGUAUGCUACCACAACAGCAAGCUUCACAAUCACUAAUGCCACAGCAACCCCAGCAGCAUAUUGCAUCACCACAACAUUUCUCUGAAAGUAAUUUCACGAAUCAAUUAAACAGUAGUAUGAGCAACAGGAACCAUUUACAACCUACAAUAUUUUCUAAUUCUUCAAAUGAACAUAAGCAGUUAAGACACAUCGGAGAAUCAAAUUUCAGCACAUCACAAAUAAGAACAGAUUAUAGCUCCAAUGUUAUUUCUUCAAUACCAGCGCCAAUUGCCAAUAAUACAAUUUCUGUGAACGCCAAACAAGCCCGAAAUGGCUCCUCUUCUGGUGACAUACUUUUUAGUAAUGGGGCCCACGAUAUGAUCAACAAUAUCUCAACAUGGACCAAUAACUCCGUUUUAGAUGCUUUAAAUAGCAAAUCCCUACUGCAAACAUUGUUUCCACAGAGUCAAGAUCCAUCAUCUCUUCCCAUGGAUAAAGAACAGCAACCGUCUGAAAUGUGUUCUGAAAAUAGUGUUAACAGUAAUAAUUUUCCACGAACACAAAAUGACCCUUCGUACAACAGAAAUUUGUUCAUGAUGUCCAAUCAAGAAGGUGUACAGUACAAUCUUCAAGAUACAGAAAAGAAUAAACCAAAGAUACAGGUGGAACCUAAUUCUUCCGCCAACGUGCAUUUUGACAAUGUCAUUCCUACUGUAAAUAAAGCAGGUAUUAGGAAAAAACAUUCUAAUUGGGAUAACGUGAUGUCAUCUGGUCCAGUAGAAGACUUUUGGACAAUUAAUGAUGACUAUGGUUUUUUAACGUGA